UGUAGCCUCCUUCCCUCCACGCCCGAGUUCUUGCGACCUCUGAAUCUCCUUCGUCUAAGCGUUCUUGCGACGACACUUCGACCGAGACGAGAUGGGGGACAGGCGGAAGGCCACCGACGACGACAUCCCCGGGACAGGACAGUCGCAUCAGCGUGCACGGACGGAGACUACAACCGUCGACGACACAUCACAGGCGCCUGCAGGACAGACGGCUACUGCAGCCGGCAGACUGCAGCCGCUUCCAGGCCGCGCCGGCGACCCUUUACUGUUCCGUAGAGGCGGCCGCGGCGGCGGGUCGGGGCACGGGGGAUUCUCUCAGUCGGCACCGAUGACGAUGAUCGAGCAGCCGCUGCGCAAUCAAGGCAGUUCGUGUGCGGCGCCUACAGCCGGAGCCGGCGAUACUGUAGUACGGGUGUCGUCGGCGACUGUCACCGCUGUAGGCCCCUCCGACGCCUGGCACGGGGCACUCGCUCCGCCGCUGGGGCUGGACAAUCCAGCCUACAGCGGGGAGCCUUCCACGCGCCACGCGCCGGCGGCCUGUGCGACCCGACCUCCGUCUCUUCCAGCUCUCGGUCACGGGCGCGGGGGCAAUCAUGUUACAGUAACUAGCCUGAGAGACGCCAGCCGGCGCAGAUUACUGGCAAGGCGGCAGCCCGGCAACGCGAUUGCGCCUCAGGCUCAGGGCAUUCCCAUUCCCAGCAACGCCGGUGCGCCUCAGGGUCAGGGCAUUCCCAUUCCCAGCAACGCCGGUGCGCCUCAGGGUCAGGGCAUUGCCGGUGCGCCUCAGGGUCAGGGCAUUGCCAUCGGUCAGCUCGACCCCCACCGCGGCCAGUCUUCUUCCGUGCCGCCGGAGCAGAGUUCUUCUUCAGGUGCAAGCAUUGCAGGCAGGUGCUUUCAGUGCAACACGCAGAUACAGAGGGCUUUGGUGGUCGACGACUCCGGCAGCGGGGAGCCUUACUUCUGCAAGAUUUGCUGGGAGCCUUCGAGCCCAGUUCACAGCAACGCCGGUGCGCCUCAGGGCCAGGAGGCAGUCCCAUAUAUGGAGCUGGAGGCAGUCCUGGACAUCGAGCAGGAGUUUCUAGAUGGGCUGGACCAGGCGAUUCAGCGUCCAGACAUAAACUUGUGCCUUCUCUGCGACAAGCCGUUGGAGACGCAGACGGUUUUGGUGGUCGAGGGCGAGGACCCCAAGUGGAUCUGCGACGCUUGCGAAGCCGAUGUGCAGUAGGCUCCGGGUCCGGUCCUUGAGCCGCAGGGCCAGGGCGGGGCAGUCCCGGUGAAUGAGCAGGAUGCGCUGAACCAGCAUCUGGCUAGACGGGCGAAGCUGGAGGAGGACUUGAAGAGGGUGGCCAUUGUUACAAAGGACAAGGACUUUUCCAUCUCGAGGAGAUGCGAGACUUGCGGCAAAAGGGCGUGCACGGUGCGCCACCGCCGCGGCCCGCCACCGCCGCCAGGGGGGCUCUGCUAGCUUUUCUCAACUCCGGGAGCAGACAGCUUAACUGCUGAGCCAUUUCUUCUUCGCUCUCGUUUUGACUUUUGACACGAUGUGGCCAAAUGUGGCAAUGCUUGCAUACAUACUUGAGUAGAUCCAUGAAACUAU